UUUUGAUCGUCUGCGUGACUUCUUAUAUUCCUUUUCUAUUUUGUUGGGUUUGUUUGGAUUUUUACGAGUGGAUGGUUUUGUUAAAUUAGGGUUCUUCUCUGUUUGCGUUUGUUUUCUUUAGAUAACUCAUCUGUGAUUGGUAUUUACAUCUCUUGAUCAAUAAGCGAAGGAUACCAAUUUUUAUCUCAUCCCUCACGGAUGCUUUGAGAAUUUUAAGAUUGCGAGCGGUUUUUCAUCCAACUCUCCCCCUUGUGCUGUGAAAAACAAGUGUUUUUGAAUUUUUUAGUCAUUUACUUUUUCUUUUAAUUUUCCCCCAAUCUAUCUAUCUUACCCGGAAUAAAUGGUUUCUCAGGCUUGAGUUUAAAAAUGUGGAUUUUUUUUUCUUCUGGGUGAUGGUGUUUGAUUAUUAUAUUGUUAUAUGGUUUUCUAGGAGUUCUUUUAUGUGGUAAAGAAUGAUUGUCAAUGUCAGUUAUCUUUUUAUUUCAGUUAUAUAUCUAUCCAUUUGGGGUAUUCAGAAGAAGGUCAAACAGAUGUAGGAGUGCCCGACGCUUAUCUUGUGUUAUUACAGGGUUAUGGCAACGUAUGAUAUUGAUCCUGAUGUUAUGAGAUGGGGACUUCAUCUUUUGGAUGUUUGCACGUUUACAAAUGACGGUUCUGGAAGUACUGUUACUGAAUAUAGUUUUGACCCGAGUUGUAGUCAAGUGGAAUAUGUCAUUGAAGGUUAUUGUGAGCCGUGUAAUGUGAAUUUGGAGAAUGAUGAGGCUUUAGCACACGCAUUUCAAGAAGAGAUAUCGAGAAUUGAUUCUAUAGAAGCUUCUGGGGUAUCUGAUUCCAGGGAUGACCAAAUGCAAGCAUCUGUUCUUUCACAGGAGUGGCCUGUUCCUUCCCCUAGGCACAACCCUUAUGGGUUUGACAGCGAUCAGAAAUCAAAUUGUGUUAACGACGUAAACAUCGAGGAGCCAGGUGAUCUGAGAGUUAACGAGGUGGACAAAAUGGGAAUUUCCUCUUCAUAUCAUAACGCAGUAGAUAAUCCUUUUGUGGAUGAGUGUUCUUCAUAUUCGUUGGAAAUAAUUGAUGAGUCUUCACUGGAUGGCGAAGUGGGCAAAAGACUUAAUCAAAUUGUUCCUGUCCCUCAUGUUCCUAAGACCAUUGAAAAGAUACCUUCAGCUGAUGAAGAGAUUUCAGAUCAUCAACGGCUUCUUGAAAGAUUGCAGUUGUAUGAGCUGGUCGAGAAUACGGUUCAAGGAGAUGGCAACUGUCAGUUUCGUGCUUUAUCAGAUCAACUAUAUCGAUCUCCUGAACAUCAUGAUUUUGUGAGAGAACAAGUUAUAGCCCAGCUAAAGUUUUGUCGUGAAAUGUACGAGGGUUAUGUUCCAAUGACCUAUGAAGAGUACCUGAAGAAGAUGAGCAAGAAAGGAGAAUGGGGCGAUCACGUUACGUUACAAGCUGCUGCAGACUGGUUUGGAGUUAAGAUAUUUGUGAUAACAUCAUUCAAGGAUACAUGUUCAAUUGAAAUACUUCCACAAGUUCAAAAGUCCAAUCGGAUUAUUUUCUUGAGCUUUUGGGCUGAAGUGCACUAUAAUUCAAUUUAUCCCGAAGGAGAGAUACCAACGUCCUGUACAAAGAAGAAGAAGAAAUGGUGGAAUUUUGGGGCUUAGAUUUGGGUCUUUAUUGACAAAGCUAAUGGAAAGCUUCCAUUCUACCAACCAACCUUUUACUGAUGCUUAGGUUCAGAAUUUCUGAAAAGCUCACUGUUUCUCUUCUUUUUUCUUUCUUUAUGUAAAUAUUUGCACAUUAAUUAUUGAUUAUUAUUAUCAUUAUUAUAGAGCAUAUUCUUUUAUUGUAGCUCCCAAUCUAUCAAAAAUUUUGUUUGAUUUGCCCCUUGUCUGUUCUUCACUGUAAAUAUGCCUUCAUCAUUAUUAAUUAGUGCUAUCUUUUCUUGAUUUCAUUUUAA